AUGAAUCAGGCCUCUCUAUAUCAGCACGCCAACCAGGUGCAAAGGCACGAUGCCAAAUUGAUUCUGGACGAGUUUGCAUCGACUUUGCAGUGGCGCGCCGAUGGAGAGGAUUCCCUUUUGGAUGUCGGUUCAGGAUCCGGAAAUGUUCUCAUGGAUUUUGUGAGGCCCCUGCUGCCGGUUCGCGGUCAAUUGGUGGGCACAGACAUUUCCAGUCAGAUGGUGGGCUAUGCCAGCAAGCAUUAUCAGCGGGAGGAGCGAACCCGGUUCCAAGUUCUGGACAUUGGAUGUGAGCGACUCCCCGAGGAACUGAGUGGUGGAUUCGAUCAUGUCACCUCGUUUUACUGCCUCCACUGGGUGCAAAACCUGAAGGGGGCCCUCGGCAAUAUCUACAAUCUCCUCAAACCCGAAGGAGGUGACUGUCUCCUGGUCUUCUUGGCCUCCAAUCCGGUUUACGAAGUCUACAAGCUGCUCAAAACGAAUGAAAAGUGGUCGACUUAUAUGCAGGAUGUGGAUCAAUUCAUAUCACCACUUCACUAUAGCCUAAAUCCCGGCGAGGAAUUCAGUCAGUUGUUGAACGAUGUGGGUUUCAUUCAACACAAUGUGGAAAUACGAAAUGAAGUAUUCGUUUACGAGGGUGUAAGGACUCUGAAAGAUAAUGUUAAAGCCAUUUGUCCUUUUCUGGAGCGGAUGCCUUCAUCUUUGCACGAAGAUUUCCUGGACGAUUUUAUAGACAUUGUUAUAUCGAUGAAUUUGCAGCAGGGCGACAGAAAUGAGGACCAAAAGUUUCUAUCUCCGUAUAAACUUGUAGUCGCCUAUGCGCGAAAGACUCCUGAAUUUGUAAACAAUGUUUUCCUGGAACCACCACAUCAAAAUUUGGUGAAGGGAAUUAAUUAGCUAAUUUGAUUUUGUUUGGAAUCAGAGAUAAUUGUUAAAGAGUCUAUUAAUGCCAAAAUAAUGUACUUAACUUUAAUCUAUAACGUAUACGAAGUUCCUAGAAUUUUUAACGCAAAUCUGCAGUAAAAAAACUAUUAUUUUCAAGGGAAAACAUAAAAUAAAACAAUGAAACUAAAUUCUAAGUAAAGAAGAGUUUAUUUAUAAAUGCAUUUAAUAUUAUUCUCUAUAACAUUAAUAACUUAAAACACAAUUAUUUUAGCCAUAUUAUUUCCACAUUAUCCAACUUAGUUUUACCUAACAAUGUUGUUCAAGAUUAUUAUUAGAGAUUUAAAAAAUAACA